UCAUCAUGUCUUCAACUUUAGCGCCUCCACAUUCCCACUGCUCUUUCCUCGAUCCCUCUCUCCACUCUUCUUCUUCUUCUUCUUCUUCUUCUUCUUCUCUAGAGCGAUCCUUUCUUAUGGCAACGCUUGGAGAACCCUUAGAAACCCUAAUAUACAAGACAUGGGUCUUGAAAGUUUCCAUCCACUGUGAAGGCUGCAAAAGAAAGGUCAAGAGAGUGCUCCAUAGCAUUGAAGGUGUUUAUAAGACGACCAUCGACACCAAGCUACAGAAAGUGGUGGUAACUGGGAACGUAGACGCCGAUAGCUUGAUCAAGAAACUGGUGAAGUCUGGUAAACAUGCAGAGCUGUGGCCGGAAUUGCCCCAGCAGAAGAAGAAGAAGAAGAAAAAGAAGAAGAAGAAGAAGUCAGGCGAAUCGAUGAAAAAGGAGAAAGAGGAACAGAACAUGACCGACGACUCAGCAAGCAGUACUGAUCAAGAAGAAGACCACGGCGGCGGCGGCGAUCCUAACCUGGAAGAGAAAACGGCUACCAAAGUCGAUGCAGUAGCUCCGGGUUCCGCUAAUAAUAAAACGGAUGCCGGUUUCGUUCAGGGGAAGUUCGUAGGCGGGAGCGGGGGCGGUGGCGGUGGCGGAGUCAAAUUUAGCGACUCUGUGAAAAUAAUCGACGUCGGCGUGAAUACCGGCGGAGGAGGACAAGCGCCGGAACGGGUCACCUUUCCCGGCCAGCCGUCGCCGGCCGCAGACAAGAAAGGUGGAGAAAUUGACGGCGGCGCAGUGCAAAGUGGUAGUAGCGGUAAAAAGAAGAAAAAGAAAGGGCAUAAAAGUCCGGAAGAGGGAGAACCACCACCUAACGGUGCGCCAGCAGUCACAGGAUUCACACCUCCAUUUAAUAUGGGCCUUCCGACCCACUACGCUGACCCAUAUCCAGCCACUCUCAGCCCGCCACGUCAUCAAGGGUAUCAAUACCCACCGCAUUACUACAUCCCGCCACCCACCGUACACACAGUGAGCUACAAGACAGCGAAUCCCACUACCAGGUACACGACGUCGCAUUACUCCUUCCCAACACAGUCCUCCUUCGCUUACGCCCAUGCAGGACCGGAGUCGGAACCUCCGCCGUCCGAUCAAGAGGCCCACCCGCGGCAGCCGCUGUGUUCGUUUGAGUUGCUUAGCGAUGAGAAUCCGAAUGGGUGUCGUGUUAUGUGAACGACCGAGGGGCACAUUGGGGAUUUCCACUUGGCUAAGUGUACGGACACUUCAAGUAUUUUUGUAAUGCAUGUAGAUAAUAAUACAAUAAUAAUAAUAAAUAAAUAAUUUUAAGGGUUCCCCUCAUCCUCAGUGGGGAUGUUUUCGUAAUUAACUUUACUCUUUUGGGCUUAAUAAUAAAAAGAAAAGAAAAAACAACGGGUCGUUUGGAAUGUGUAAA